AUGCUACAUGAAGUCUCCGUAUCACCAUGUGGGAAGCUUGUAGUGACCUGUAAUGCGGAUCAAGUGAAUGUCACAACGUUACUGGGUAUGAAAGUAGUAUCAUUCGAUACUUUUAACAUAGUUAAAAGACAUUUACAUUCCAAUGGGAUUAGAAUUAAAAAGUUUAAGAAUUUCAAAUUGACGCAAGUUACGUGGGAAAAGAUCAAUCCAUCGUUGGAAACAAGUAAAUUAGGAGCAGUUAUAGAGUGCUCCGAAAGUAUCAAGGGUGUUGUAUCACAUUUCUCAAUGCUUUUAAUUUUGGAAGUUUCUGGUGAUGAUAAUCUUCAACCAAUUAUUAUUCAGCAACCUGCUGGAGAUGGAAUUGAUCUGUUUGAAUGGAUAAGCCCCGUGGAAGCAACUGAUGAUACCAAGGAGCAAAAUUCAGCCUAUGUAAAUUCAAGACAAUUGGUUAUUUUUACUAAACAUAAACUUCUUGCAAGAGUUUACUCCUUAGAUUGUACUCAUAUACAAUUUGAAAUGUCCAAACCAGCCCUGACACAUAUAUUGGAAAGAUCUGGCUAUCCAGUAUGGACCUUAGUUUUGUUACAAACAUCAGGUGACCCCAUUGUGAUGAACUUUUUCAAUGAAGGGUCCACAAGUCGCCUUCUUUGUAGAUAUCGAAUCAAAUUAGAUAGUCACGUUAGCUGGUCUAAUUCUGGGAAGUGGCUUAUGACCUUUGACUCAACUGCAUGUCUCUAUGGGUUCCAACUACAAAUAUUUACAUCCUUGGGGUACUAUAAACAAGUCACUUCAUCCAUUAAAUCUGGUGAACCUCUAGUGAAUAUAAAUUGGUUGACAGACGAUGUGAUUCAUACCAAGGGCAAUAGAUUACUGGCAAAUUGCACUAGUUUAAACUACACCGCUAAUUGGAUCACUUUGGGUAACAAUGGAGACUAUGCUCUCAUUGUCGGAGAGGAUGCAUUUAAUAAAAAAGUAGAAACGCUUUUAGUAUCAAUGAAUGAUAUACGAAUCAUUGAUAAAUCAUACUUGACAAAAUCAAGUAUGCAUAUAUGGACAAACAAGAAAAAUAAUAAUGAUGAUGACACAUCUAGAGAAUAUAAGAGAUAUAUCAAUGGGAAUAAUAAUGAAUUCGGUCGAUUGAAGACUAUUAAGAUCGCUACAAAUUAUAUUUCCAUAAUUCACGAGAAUGCAAUACUAUUAUAUAAAGUGUCCCUCGACACUUCCUCAAAGCAAGUGGAUUAUGACCUAGAAGCCACCAUAUUACUCUCUCUGUCAUUGGUUAAUGCACAGUUUAUCGCAUCAAACUUAUUAGUUGUCACAGAAAGGGAAGUUUUAAUGUAUUGCAGCUGGGAUCAAAGGGUUCAAACUUUGUAUAUAAGCCCACCCAGUAAUGCAAUCCUUAGUGUCUCGAACACAAUAGACGUUGCUGUUGUGGUUGAUUUGGAUGGUGGAUGGAAAAAGAUUCCAUUUCCUGUAAAGAGCACUCGAGAUCAAAUUAACACUGCCAACGAUGUGAAUGACGAUAGUAGCAAAGUCAUUCGAUUGGCUAAAGAGGUACAACAUACAGAAUGGGGACUGAGAUUGAAAAGAAACAGACUCAGUCUUGUUGAUGAUAGCCGUGAUGAAGUCACCGAUACUUUUAAUGUCCAGUCUGGAGCGAAAAGAAUUAAGGGAAUAUCCAGAAUUGCGACACAUUGA